CGGCGGGCGCCUCCGGCGGGCCGGGCGCGGCCUGGCGCAACCGGUGCUGCGCUUGCAUCAGCCGCCGCCCGCACGUGCUGUACCGGUCCCCGUCUCCGGGGCAGCGCUGGGCUCCCGGCGGGAUGAAGCGUGGCUGGGAGCUCCUCGGGGCUGGAGAUGCCCCCGCGGGUGCUGGGAGGGUGGGUCCCGAGGGGGACUGACGGCCCCCGGCUUGCGGCGGGGUGCGGGGUGUCGAACAGCUGAGCACCAUCCACGAGAGGACUUUGAGGGAAAAAUGACCAGUAUUGGGAAGAAGCUGAUCCGUCGGCGCGUGGUGGAUCUGAGCUCCGAGGACACGCGUUUCGCUCGCUGCCUCUCCACGCUGGACCUCAUAGCCCUGGGAGUUGGCAGCACACUGGGGGCUGGCGUGUAUGUGCUGGCAGGGGAGGUGGCCAAGGAUAUGGCUGGUCCCUCCAUCGUCCUCUGCUUUUUGGUGGCUGCUCUCUCAUCGGUACUGGCCGGACUCUGCUAUGCAGAGUUUGGGGCCCGUGUCCCCAAGACUGGCUCUGCCUACCUCUACAGCUACGUCACCGUUGGCGAGAUCUGGGCUUUCACAACUGGCUGGAACCUCAUUCUCUCCUAUGUGAUAGGUACAGCCAGUGUGGCUCGAGCCUGGAGCGCAGCUUUCGACAACAUCAUUGACAACCACAUCUCCAACUUCUUCAUGAACAAGACCACACUGCACCUGCCAGGGGUGCUGGCUGAGCGCCCAGACUUCUUUGCCCUGAUCCUGAUCGGGAUGCUCACUGCACUGCUCGCCUUCGGUGUCAACGAGUCUGCCAUUGUGAACAAAAUCUUCACGGCGAUGAACCUGGUGGUGCUGGGCUUUGUCAUCAUUGCUGGCUUCGUGAAGGGAGACAUCAAGAACUGGCAGCUCUCAGAGCAGGACUACAUCAACCUCUCGUACCAGCAGCCACUGGUCAAGAAAGCAGACUUUGGCUCCGGUGGGUUUGUCCCCUUUGGGCUGGAAGGGAUCCUGACUGGUGCUGCCACUUGCUUCUACGCCUUCGUGGGCUUUGAUUGCAUUGCCACCACAGGGGAGGAAGCCAAGAACCCCCAGCGCUCCAUCCCCAUUGGCAUCAUCGUGUCCCUCCUCAUCUGCUUCGUGGCUUAUUUCGGGGUCUCUGCAGCUCUGACCCUCAUGGUGCCUUAUUUCCUCCUGAACAAGAAGAGCCCCUUGCCUGAGGCUUUCAAGGCAGUGGGCUGGGAGCCCGCCCGGUACGCUGUUGCUGUUGGCUCGCUCUGUGCCCUCUCCACCAGCUUGUUGGGCUCCAUGUUCCCUAUGCCUCGUGUGAUCUAUGCCAUGGCGGAGGACGGGCUGCUCUUCAAGUUCCUGUCCAGCAUCAAUAGCCGCACAAAGACCCCUCUGUCAGCCACCAUCACCUCGGGACUCCUUGCAGCGGUGAUGGCCUUCCUGUUCGACCUGAAGGACCUGGUGGACCUCAUGUCGAUUGGCACGCUGCUGGCCUACUCCCUGGUGGCAGUGUGUGUGCUCAUCCUCCGGUACCAGUCUGGGCAGCUGAACUCCCCGAAGGCUAUGGAAAUGCUGGAGCAGAAUGGGAAUGAGGAGGAGAGGGUGGUCAUGAACCCGACCAUCACCACCACCAGUGCCCAGCAGAAGGAGACGCUGUCCCUGGCGAUGCUCUUCAACCCUUCCACGGACACCCCCACUGUGCUCUCAGGGCGCAUUGUCUAUGGCUGUGUGUCGCUCAUAGCCACGCUGAUCACGGUCAUCUGCGUGGUGCUGACCCUCAAGGUGUCAGCGCUGAAGGACGGCAGCACGGGCUGCAUCGUGGCCCUGGCACUGCUCAUCGCCGCUCUGCUCAUUCCCACCAUCAUCAUUUGGAGGCAGCCACAGAGCAAUGCGCGGUUGAACUUCAAAGUACCUUUCCUCCCCCUCCUGCCGAUUUUCAGCAUCUUUGUGAACAUCCUACUGAUGGUACAGCUGAGCGCUGGUACUUGGGUACGGUUUGCUGUCUGGAUGGCUGUGGGUUUUAUGAUUUACUUUGGCUAUGGGAUCCGAAACAGCGUGGAAGGGAAAACUGCGGAGGAAUCCUGCGCUGCAGGAGAAAAGCCUCUGCACCAGCCUGGACUGAACUCUGGCCCCAGUGCUGCUGCAGUCUGAGGGACCAGGCACCGACACUCCGAGGACCUCGGCCAGUAUUUCCACUUUGAGAUACGGUACAUCCAUCCCCUCUCCCAUGGGAGCAAGUCCCAAGAGCCAGGACCACGGAGCCAGGUUGUGCACUGCGCAUUCCCCUCUCAGAGUACAGGUACCAGAGACGAGCUCCUGGUGGCCCAGGGCUCCUCUCUGCCUCCCCUCAGCCCUGCUGAGGGCAGUGACAAUGGUGCAGCUCUGUUUGUGCUGUCUGUCUAUGUGGCUAUGGUCAACGCCUCCUCUCUGUGCUUUCCAAGUGUCAAGCUGUGCAACAAGGUCUGGGCUGCUCAUUCUGGUACUGCCCAGUGCUCCCCAACAGCGUGAGCUCAGCUGGUGAAUUCACCUCUUGUGCCAUCCCAUAGAAUCACAGAAUAGUUAGGGUUGGAAAGGACCUUAAGAUCAUCCAGUUCCAACCACCUGCCAUGGGCAGGGACACUUCACACAAAACCAUGCCACCCAAGGCUCUGUCCAACCUGACCUUGAACAGCAGCCUCCAGUAGACCUGGCCUUCCAAAUCCAGUCCCAUGUUCUAAAUACCCAAACCCCUGACUAUGGCACCUCUGUUCAAACCAUUUAUUAACCUGCCAAAAUCACGUAGCCUUUUUUAAGGUACUCCCCUUUAUCCUGGAGAAUUGAUGAAAAGACAACCUGAGCUCCAGUGCCUCUAACCACCUCUCCCAGGGCUUUGUAGUCCUUCUUUAUGUUCUCUGAGCUACUGCUAUCUGCAUCACUAGCAUGCACAUGGACCACUAGUAGUGGGUAAUGGUUAGUGGGGCUUACUAGAGCAGGCAGCCUCUCUGCAACAUCCCUGAUCUGAGCCCCUGGUAGGCAGCACACCUCCCUUGUGACUGGGUCAGGCCAACAGAUGGGUGCCUCUGUGACUUUCAGAGUCCCUACCACUAUGACCCGACACUUUUUCCUAGCAGCACCAGUACAGAUCUUCUGUACCAGUGCAUCAGCCAGUUGUUCAUGGUGCGAGGGUGUUUCCUCAUUAGCCCCCUGCAGAACUGCAAGGCAGUUCUGGAUGGGUACAUCAGAUUUAGGAGGAAGCCCCAUGCUUUAAAUUGUCCUCUUCCUCCUUUUUUUUGUUGGGUUUUUUAUGGGUUUUUUAUUUCCCAGCUUCCUGUUUUAGUCACCUCCUUCUUUCCUGCAUGAGCUACAAUGGAUGCUCGAGGCCCCUGCAGUUUGGGCCUGGAGCAAGCAGUCCUGUUUCCUCUCAGCUUCCCUGACAUCUUGCAGCCUAUUGACAGCAUUCCUCAGCUCAGCCCCUGCUGCAGGAGGACCUGCACCAGGGAGCACCGAGUGCAGCCGUGCCCAUUGUGCACCCUCCCCUCAGGAGAGCAGAGCAGGCACUUCCUGCACCCUGAGCUCCAUGCUGCAGCCUCCCCUCUCAUCAGCCCUGUCUGGUGCCUAUGUUGGCCACCGCCGGGGCAGCCAGAGCAGAGCUCCCAGACAGGGCCCUGGUCAUGCAGUGGGUGCUCCCAUCCCACUCCCUGCCCAUGCAAACUGCUGUGCCAUGCCCUGUUCACCCGCCCUGCUUGCCGCGCUCCCUGGGGCACGUUUUGAACCAGUCAGGGCUGGUGCUGUCCAUGCUGAGCCCUGUGCUGCCUGGCAGUGCUGCUUGAUGUAAGCGUCCAGCUCAGGUGUCUGUGAAGAUGUCCACAGUGUGACCAUACCGGUGUCCAACCUCUUAUGCCUCUGUAGAGCUGGUACUUUAAUAUUGACUUUUAUACCUAUUAAAUUAAAUGGUUUUUUAAGUGCUUGG